AACGAAGAAAUAACUGUCAACAAAGACACAAACUCUUGUGAGGGUUCAGCAAAAGAGAAACUGUAUAAUCACAGAGAGGAGAUGAGUGUGACUGAAACAAACAAGGCGGUGUGUGUAACUGGGGCAUCAGGUUACAUAGCAUCAUGGCUCGUAAAGUUCUUGCUCCAACGUGGCUACACGGUCAGAGCUUCAGUUCGCGACCCAAAGGAUACCAAGAAGACAGAGCACUUACUUGCUCUUGAUGGAGCUAAGGAAAGGUUUCGUUUGUUUAAAGCAGACUUAAAGGAAGAAGGAUCGUUUGAUUCUGCAGUUGAAGGAUGUGAAGGUGUUUUUCACACAGCAUCUCCUUUUUCUCGCAAUGUCACUGAUCCACAGGAGGAGUUGAUUAACCCUGCAGUGAAGGGAACACUUAAUGUGCUUAGAUCUUGUGCUAAAGUUCCAUCUAUCAAAAGGGUGAUUGUAACAUCUUCUAUGGCAGCAGUUGCAUUCAACGGAAAACCUCUAGCUCCUGAUGUUAUAGUUGACGAAACGUGGUUUUCAGGUCCAUCUUUUUGUGAGAAAUCAAAGCUCUGGUAUGCACUUUCCAAAACCUUAGCUGAGGAGGCUGCCUGGAAGUUUGCACAAGAGAAUGGAAUCGAUCUGUUUGCAAUAAAUCCAGAACUGGUGAUUGGUCCCUUCUUACAGCCAACACUUUGUUCAAGUGUGGAGCCAAUUCUCAACCUUGCAAAAGCAGGUUGGAAGAUGAUAGGCAAUACGAGCCAAAAUAUCAGGUAUCCAGGGUUACCGUGUUGAAAUUUUUUAUCCACAACCAUGGUUGAUAAAAAAGGUUAGAUGCUACGCAUAUAAACUAUCUAUAUAAACUAAUCCAUGCAGAAGAUUAAGACUGCUGAAAGCAGAACUUCAAAGAUUCAUUAUAUAUACAAAGCAGAAUUUACAUAGCUAGUACAUUAACAUUAGAAAUUAAAAGAGGAACUACUUACGAUGUAAAGUAAGAAAAAUAUGAACAUCGAGAGAGAAGGAUGAUUUAUGUAGUGCUUAUCCAAACUGCCAUUACUUUAUCAUACGCAAAUUUGCACAGGCACAGGUUCCGUGAAUAUAGUUGGAAUAAAUUCCCUCAAAAAAUAUAAUUGGAUAAGUUCAGAAGAGAA